AUGUCUGAAACCAAGACUCUUGAAGCUGGCCAGCAGCUAGUCAAGAAGACGAUGGAUGAAUUGGUGCAACAGAGACAAACAACGGAAAAAGUAACUAUUCAGGCCCGUCAAGAAUUUAGAGAAAGCUUCCAAGAAAGUUACGAAGAAGAGUUCGAAGAAGAGACAUUUAUCGAUCAAUAUGGUAAUGAAACAACUAAAAGGGUGGAAUCAAGCAGCGAAAGCAAAGAACACUCUAGAAGCGCUGAUGUGAAGGUGAAAGCAACUGGUUUGAACGCGGAGCAAGUAAAAGCCCUGACUGACUGUGCCUCUCAAGCUGGGCAAUUGGCGCUCGACUCUAAGCCAGCCAACUAA